AUGGAGGCCCCUCUUUGCCCUGCGGAGGGUGCUAUGGGCAAGUACAACCCUGUAGAGGCCGUCUCGCCCGUCAGCAAGGCCUCAAAUGCCUCCAGCGCGGGAGACGUUCGCCUAUGGGGGCUGCCCGACGCUGGCAGCGCCGAUCAGGACAUGGGCGACCCCGACUUCUACUGCAACGAAAACGUGCCGGAGCAGCGGAGGCCAGUGCAGCAGGCCGACUCGCGUCCCGCGGGUGGAGAGAUAGCGGCCAGCCCGGCGCCAGAGGGACCCUCCAUCUCAUAUGGAUGGCGAUUUGCGGCCGCGGCGGAGCUUUUGGAGAUGAUCGGGCGGGAGAUGGCCAGGGAGCGCGAUGUGCGACCGGCGGCCGGGUAUCUGGGACGCGCAGAGGCGCGCCAGGGCGGCGAGUUUGUCACGCCGCAGAUGCGCUCAAUCGUGACAAGCUGGCUCUCCGAGGUCGCUGGAGAAUUCGGCAUGCAGCAGGAGACGCUCUUCCUGGCGGUGGCGCUUCUGGACCGCUUCCAGGCCUGCUCACCUGCGGGCGUCCCGCGCAACGUGCUGCAGCUGGUGGCGGUCGCAUGCAUCAUGGUGGCUUCGAAGCAGGAUGAGGUGUCGCACCCGACGGUGGACGAGUUUACAGAGAUCGCGGCGGAAGCGUUCCAGCGGGACGACCUGCUUCGGAUGGAGCGACUCCUCCUCGAUCAGAUCGACUGGCGCGUGCAGCUGCCCACCACCUACUCCUUCCUGCACCUCUUCACGCAGGCGCGCGCCCCUCUCGCCGCGCCCAUGCCCGCUGCGCCGCGUCGCGCCCCGGCGCCGUGGCGGCGCCCGGCUGCUCACUACCCCUGGGCUGCCCGGCCGCGCCCCUCCACUUGCUGCUCGGCUCUCCCAUUGUCGGGUGGUCCUGUGUACCGACCUCUCCUCUGGACCCCCUCCUCGCGCGCGCAGGCCCUUGCCGGCCGCCUGCCGCCGCGCGCCAUCGCGCUGUCCGCCUACCUAUCUGAGCUGGCCCUGCUUGACUACGCAAUGCUCGAGCACCCCCCCAGCCUCGUCGCCGCCGCCGCACUCGCGGUCGGCGCGGCGUGGCACGGCGGCGCGGGCGGCGCGGGGGCGGGCGCGCUGCAGGAGGUCACAGGCUACGCGCCCGGCGACCUGGGCGCCUGCGCCGCGCAGCUGCUGCACCUGCACCAAUGCGCGUCGAGCGCGGAGCUCGUCGCGGCGUACCAGCCACUGGCCUUUGUGCGCGAGAAGUACGGGCAGGAGCACUGGCUUGGCAUCAGCCACCAAGAGCCGCCAGAGGCCGCGGCCCGCGCGGCGGCCGGGCUCGGGCUGCCGCCCGCCGUGCAGGAGCAGCUCCAGCAACAGGUCGCCGCGCUGUCGCAGCAGCAGCGCCAGCAGGGCUCCCCCGGCUUAUGA